CAGUCACGGGGAUGCUGUGCUCUACGUACUAUCCCCUGCGGGAGCAGCCACGGACCCUGGACGGCCUGCGGGAAUACCACGAAGCUGAUUGCAUCGCCCGUUACUUCUGUCGAACAUGUGGCGCCCAUGUCUUCGCGCAUUCCAAGCACACGGGGCAAUACUUUGUUGCAGCGGGACUGCUGGUGGAGGGUCCCCCCCAAGCCCAGUCAAUCCGGCAUUGGCGGGCUGCUGAAACACGCGACGGUGGGCUGACCUCCUUUCUCCCUGGUGAAAUGGAUACCUCUUCAGCAUGUUGGCUUCGCGCCGUUCCGAGCAACCAGGGAAGUCUUUCCGAUGUCGGACAUGAACAGCACACAUUCCGAAGUUCCGACGAACUACUUGCCCGUUGUCAUUGCGGGGGAGUCGAGUUCUAUAUAACGCGGCCAGAUUCUUCAUCUUCCGUGCCAACAUCCCCAUGGCCCGAUCUGCUUGCGCCAUAUCACUCACAGUCGUCCGAGAACCCCGAGGACGUGAAGUGGUGGUUGCAGGACGGAAACACGAGGUAUCUGGCCGGGACCUGCGCCUGUCCAUCGUGCCGACUAGCCAGUGGCUUUCCGAUUCAACCGUGGGCAUUUGUCCCCAAGUCGAAUCUCUACAACACCCCCGGCCGUCAAGCACAGCUGGAGUUCGGUACUGGUACCAUGCGACAAUACAAUAGCUCGCCGGGCGUUUACCGCGAGUUCUGCAAUCGCUGUGGCGCCUCGAUCUUCUGGCACGACGAAGAAAGACCGCUGCUGAUCGAUGUGAGUGUGGGGCUGCUGCGAGCAGAAGAGGGCUCGAAAGCAGAGCGGUGGUUGAAAUGGGCCAUGCAGAGAGUAAGCUUCACAGAAAUGGCCCUGGAUCGGCCGUUGAUUCACCGGUUACAGAGGGGACUGGGGGAAUGGGAAGCGAAGAUUGAAUAGUCAUUCAUAGUCCAUAGAUAGACAAUGCGAUGUGUAGAU